GCUAUUCCUGAGAAGAAAGCUGUCUAAUCUGCAAUGGAUAGCAAUUGUUUUAUUAGCUGUUGGAACAACCACAAGCCAGGUUAAAGGUUGUGGAGAAGCGUCCUGUGAUUCUAUGUUCUCAGCACCAAUCCAAGGAUAUAUGCUGGGUAUCCUAUCCGCUUGUAUGUCAGCAUUAGCAGGUGUUUACACAGAGUUUCUGAUGAAGAAGAACAAUGAUAGCUUGUUUGGUGUGAUUUUCAACAUAGCACGGCUUCUCUUCGAUGAUUUCAGGGGUGGAUUUGAGAAUGGACCUUGGUGGCAACGCCUUUUCAAUGGAUAUAAUCUUACAACUUGGUUGGUAGUGUUAAAUCUUGGAUCUACUGGCUUACUUGUUUCAUGGUUGAUGAAGUAUGCUGACAAUAUUGUGAAGGUGUAUUCCACCUCAAUGGCAAUGCUGCUGACAAUGGUUUUAUCUGUGUACCUUUUCACUUUCAAGCCCACAUUGCAG